AAUGGACGAAUCACAAAGCUAAAAUUCUUCGUUCAAGUCGUACAAGCCGACAAUCAACUAUGCGUAUGUGGAAAGACACUGACGCUCAAGAGAUGAAGAAAUUCUUAGGAGUGUGUAUCGUCAUGGGAAAUGUCAAAAUGCCAUCUUUGAGACAUUAUUGGGCCACUAACUUUAUAUAUAAUCAUCCGUUUUUCGGCAGAUUUAUCAGCCGCAAUCGAUUUGAAGCAAUACUACGUUGUUUAUCAUUUUAUGAUAAUACCGAUGAUACAUCCAACAGAUUACAUAAAAUCAAAAAUGUUGUUGAACAUAUUGUGACUAACAUCCAAGAAAUAUAUUCUCCAGGCCGGAAUUUAUCAUUGGAUGAAGCAUUGCUUCUUUGGCGUGGACGAUUAUUUUUCCGCCAAUAUAUUCCAAACAAAGCUGCAAAGUACGGAAUCAAAUUGUAUGAAUUAUCAACACCAAACGGUUUCAUUUUGAACAUAUUAAUCUACGAAGGAAAAGGAACAGUAUACAAUCAAAGUUCGAGUCAUGCACAUGGUGUGGUUCAAAAAUUAAUGGAUCCAUAUUUAAAUAAAGGUCAUGUCGUUUAUAUUGAUAAUUUUUAUACAAGUGUAAAUUUGGCUGAAUCACUACUGCAACAAAAGACUCAUAUUGUAGGCACUUUGCGGAAGAACAGAAAAUUCAACCCAAAGGAAGUGAUCAAUAAAAAACUUGCAAAAGGUGAAUCAGUCUGGAAACGCAAAGGAAAUGUUGUUGUCGGCAAAUGGAAGGACAAACGGGAAGUUUGUAUGAUUUCCACAUAUCAUGAAUUCAAAAUGGUGAAUUGGAAAAAUAGCCGUGGCAUUGAAUCCAUGAAACCAAACAUCAUUAUUGAUUAUAAUCAAUUCAUGGCCGGUGUUGAUAGAGCAGAUCAAAUGAUGUCUUAUUAUUCAACACCACGAAAAACAGUUAGAUGGUACAUCAAAUUGUUUUUCCAUUUAUUUGACAUGUGUAUUUGGAAUAGCAUGAUCAUAUUUAAAAAAGUCACUGGUAAAAAAAUCUCAUAUCUUAAUUUUAGAGAUGAACUGACUAAAUCUUUACUCGAAUCCAAUCAAAAUACAAGCAAUGAUAACAUGUUUGCUUCACAUUAUUUAAAAAAAAUCAGUAAACGUGUACGCUGUCGCAACUGUUCAAAAAAUAGAAAGCGUAAAUUAACAUCUUAUAUUUGUAAUGGUUGUAGCAGUUCAAACAAAACUAUCGGACUCUGUCCAACUUGUUUCCAUCAAUAUCUUCAUAACCAAAUAUAAUCUAAUUUUUUUAAUAAUAACAUAAUUUAUCCCACAAAAAUAAAAUUCUCGUUCAUUUUUCAGUUUUUUACGUGUUUUUGUAAAAAAAAGAUUCCGGCUCAUAUGUGAGCCAUCUGGUCUAUUUUGUCAAAGAGCUAUCCAUAGACCAGUGGCUCACAUAUGAGCCGGGAGGAAAAUAACAAGAAGUAAAUCAGUUUGGAUGAAAAAAAAUGUAACAAUGAAAUAGGUGAAGCCAAUAACAAAAAAUUAUGCAAUAAAAAAAGUUGGUCUAUUUUGAGACCUUUUUUCUGUCUAUGGUGGUCGUGAAUGGG